UUCCUCCAGCGCUAACAUUCUAUGACUGUAUUCUUUUCUUUCUUAAGCUUUCCAAUUCUGGAGGUAUUAGGGCCUCGGUCAAUGGGAAACCCCUUCAAUUCCCUUCUACUAGUCUCGACCACACCCGACAAGGCCAGGGUAGGAUCAGGCCCCCUGAAGUGAAUGGCGAAGUGGAGUGGAGAGGGGGAGACAGAAAAGAUGAAUGAAUGUAGUACUAGGGGGGGUAAGGGGUUCCGUGAAGAAGAGAUGAAAGAUGAAGGGAUUUGGAGUUCUGCUUGGAACAGGGAAAGGGGCGCGGCAGAAGGAGGGAAGGAGGAACGACCAAGAAUGCAACCCCCUUCCCAACUCCUCCCUGAUCUUUCCCCUCUCCCAUCACGUCCCACCAUCAACUAGGAGAAGAGGGAGCGGAGUGGGACCAGUGAAUAAUUGAAGAGGGGAGGAGAAAGGAGAAAGGGGAGGCAGAAUAAGAAAAGGAAGAGGAAGGAGGAGGAAAGCGUUUUAGGAGGAGAGGAGGAGGAGGAGCGGGAGAGCAGGAGGAGGAAGAGGAGGAGGAAGAGAGGAGCCAUCAGCAAGUACCUCCUCUCAACCACCACCGCCCCCUGCCCCUUCCCCCUCCCCCUCUCUCCCCACGCGGCCGCCCGGAAGUCUCUCCCCGCCUCCUCCUCCGCCAACAUGGCCGCGAAGUCGGAUGGAGGCGCCGCCGCGGCCGGCCCGGGCCCGGAGGGGGCGGCUGGCGGGGCCCGGGCCGGCUCGGGGCCUCCGGGGGUUCUGGGGACUGGGGCUGGGGCUGGGGCGGGGCUGCUCUCGGUGGGGGGACGGCGGCCCCGCUACAGCCUGUGGGACUGUUGCUGGGCGCUGUGCGCGCUGCUAGUCUUCUUCUCCGACGGGGCCACCGACCUGUGGCUGGCGGCUAACUAUUACCUCCAGGGCCAGAGCACCUGGUUCGGCCUUACGCUGCUUUUCGCGUUGCUGCCCUCCCUCGUGGUGCAGCUGCUCAGCUUCCGAUGGUUUGUGUACGACUACUCAUCUGCCGGAGCUGGCCCAGGUGCAGCCGCGACCGCCUUCAGCACCAAGGACAGCACCAGCGCUAGCGUCAGCGCCAGCGCCGCCUUCAGCACGAAGGACAGCGGUCCCGGCCCGGGUCCCGCGGUGUCCGCCCCUCCCGCUCUAUCUGGCGCCCGGCGGCCCCACCGCCGCUGCUGCCGCCUCUGCGUCUGGCUCCUGCAGUCACUAGUUCACGUCCUGCAGCUUGGUCAGGUCUGGAGGUACCUCCGGGCCAUGUACCUGGGUCUGCAGAGCCGCUGGCAUGGGGAACAACUGAGGCGCCACUUUUACUGGCGCAUGAUGUUCGAGAGCGCCGACAUCAGUAUGCUGCGCCUACUGGAGGCCUUCCUGAAGAGCGCCCCACAACUUGUGCUACAGCUCAGCAUCAUGGUCCUCCAGGGACACAUCGAGGCCCUGCAGGGUCUCUCCGCCUCAGCCUCCUUGGUGUCUCUGGCCUGGAUCAUUGCUUCUUAUCAGAAGGUGCUCCGGGACUCCCGGGACGACAAGCGUGCCAUGUCCUACAAGGGGGCCGUGGUCCAGAUCCUCUGGCACCUCUUCACCAUCGCCGCGCGGGCCCUGGCCUUUGCCCUCUUUGCCAGCGUCUUCCGGCUCUACUUUGGCAUCUUCAUUGUCGCCCACUGGUGCGUCAUGACCUUCUGGGUCAUCCAGGGGGAGACAGACUUCUGCAUGUCCAAGUGGGAGGAGAUCAUCUACAACAUGGUGGUGGGGAUCAUCUACAUCUUCUGCUGGUUCAACGUCAAGGAGGGCCGCAGCCGCUGCCGGAUGUCCAUCUACUACUGCAUUGUCCUGGUGGAGAACGUGGCCCUGACUGGCUUCUGGUACUACAACCACAACUUCCCCACCGACUUCAGCGCCUUAAUCAUGGUGUGCGUGGUGGCCGCCAGCUAUGCCCUGGGCAUCUUUUUCAUGCUUGUCUAUUACUGCCUCCUGCACCCCAACGGGCCCAUGUUUGGUCCCCAGGCUCCCGGGGGCAUCUUUCCUGAGGCCGUGGGCACUGGCCCUUCUGGCCCCCCUGCCGAUGCAGUUACCAGUCCGCCACGGUCCUUGCCCCGGACUACAGGUGGAGAGCGGGAUGGGGUCCCUGGAGACCGGGACAGUGGGGUGCCAGCUGUGUUCCAGGUCCGGCCCAGCCUCCCGGCCACACCAGUGGCCCGCACUCCCCGGACAGAGGGGCCUGUGAUUCGAAUAGACCUGCCCCGAAAAAAGUAUCCGGCAUGGGAUGCCCACUUUAUAGACCGCCGGCUCCGUAAGACCAUUCUGGCGCUUGAGUAUUCAUCCCCAGCUACCCCCCGCUUGCAAUACCGAAGCAUGGGGGCCUCCCGGGAGCUACUGGAGUAUGAGACCACAGUGUAGGCUACUCCACAACCAUCAGGGUGGGGGGAUAAGGGGUAUGGCGGCUCCACUCCCCUAAACCAGUCAGUGUUGAGCUUAGGGUUUUCAAGGGCCGUUGGUCUAAGGGCGGGUGGAUCUCUUGGACUAAGGGUGGCAGGGAGGGGAACAUAACGACCCCAGCCAAUGGAAAUCCUUCUCCUCUCUCCUUCGCAAUUUUUUGGGUGACUUCAUUGGCACUAAUGCACUGUCCCCUGCUCUGGCCCAUGUAACGCCCAUACCCAGUCCAUCAAACUCCCUGGGAUCCAGGGAACUAACUGGUGCUAAACUUCCCCACCAGGCCCAGAGUCUUCUCUUCCAUACGGCAUUUCCCGCCCACCACCAAUGCCAUCACCUCUGAUGAACGAAGGCAGGCUGUGGGUUCCAUUAGCUGAAAUGCAACUCUCUGUGGGAUACUGUGGAUACCUAAAGGACCUAGGCAGUGCGGUCUAGAUGAAUGACGGAGAAUCUAGGGUCAGAUCUUGGCUUGGCUGAGCUGUUGGACGAGUCAUGUCCCCUCUCUGGGUACCAGGUUUUUUUGCUACGAAAUGAGAGGGUUUGAUCAGAUGAUCCUUAAGGUUCUGUCCAGCUGUGACAGCCUUUGAAUUCUGUGGGACCUGAGAUCUGGAUGUGGUACCAUAUGGCAUCUUGAACUUCCAGACACCAUACGGCGUCUGGGCUGAGCUGAACUCCUGAAGUUGAGGGGACCGGCCAGGAUGAAGGGUUUAGUUUUGGAGUUGUUCAAAGGCCAAAUUUCCAAGACCAAACUCCUAGAUUUGGAAAAGUUAUGGCUUUGGGAUCAUAGCAAUUAGAAGAUUCAUCUAGUCAACCCCCUCAUUUUGUAGGCAAGGGAAAUGAAGCCCAAAGAAAGGAGGUUACCUGCCCUAUUGACUUGGAAUUUGAAUGUAAGUCUUCGGCUCCAGCAUCCAAUAUGUCCAACAUCUACUAUAAUGCUCUCCAUAUGCCAGGGCAUAAGGGAAUUUCUGGAAUACUGUCUGGGAAACGUUCUGAGUCUACACACUUUUUUGUUCUAGAUUCUGCUAUGCAGGUUCUAGAUGCCUGUCUGUAGUAGAGCUCUAGGGACAGUGUGUCUGUGAGAUCUGUUUAGCAUUGUAGUUUUUCCUUCCAGAAUCUGUUGCUGAAGUCUUGACCUUGUUCUUAUUGAGGGGUCUUAGGGUAAAGAAUCCAUAUUUGAGGAACCUUCUAAAGAUUCUAGAGUUUAAGGUUCACAGAAGGCUCUAAGUUCCUGAUCACUUUGUGACUUCUUUGCCAUCAAAAUGGGAAAAUAUGAUUUUUAAAUUAUUGGGAAUUUGAAAAACAAAUGAUGAAGGAUAUAAAUUCUGUCAACUAUUUCAGAUGGGAAACUCGAGCUUUGGGGAAAUGACAGGAAUUUCUGGUUCUCAGCCAGGCGCACAGCUGUAGCCCCUGCCCUGAGGUACUUGGGAAAUGACUCCUUUGACGUUGGGACAGAUGGAGCCCAGGGUCCAAUAGUUAUCUCCCAAGGCUUUUGGACAGAGGGAGUCAGAUUUGGGGCAACCUCAGGGUAUUCCAUGGGAAGGAAAAAGAAUUGCCCUUGGGGGCAAGGUUAAGACAUCCUGUUCUCCCUAAGCAACUCCAGAGUCCAGAUGGUAUAUUCCUGGCCCAGCUUCUAAAAUGGGACUGAAGAGAGAGAUAAGAUAGUCCAGAUGACUAAAAUAUGAACUGAGCUUGAUGGGAGUGGGAAUUGAGAAUGAGGUCCCCUUUAAAGGCCAUGUUGUUGCCUCAAGGCACCAGGUUGAGUUGGGAUUGGGGAUGGUAGGGUUAAAGAUUAGUACAACCAUUUUAUUUUACAGAUGAGGAAACUGAGGCCCUGGAAUGGGAAGUAAAUUGCCGAAGCUUAUACAGUAAGUUAGUUCCAGAGGAGGAAUAGAACCCGGGUUUAUUGAUACCCAGCCUCCAGUUCUUUCCCCUAAACCUUGAGCCCAUCCUCAGGUGGCCACUGUCUCUAUUAAAGGGGGGAGGGGGGAGGAUUGAAAAAAGGGCAGGACUUAGAGUGCAAAGAAACUCCCAAUGUGCACACAAGUAUACACACAGAUAUCAUGCAUUUAUAUAUACAUACAUAAUCCCCACAUUGAGCACACAUUACAUUUUUUCACAGAUAUCCCCACAGAGUGAAAUCAUGUAUAGUCCCCUCAUGCCAACAUACUUAGCUGCUUCUCCAUCUCUCCUCCCAUUCCACAUCCACCCCUGGAAGAGUCCCAGGAUAGUGGUCUAAACAGUAUGUGGCUGAACGAAGGGGCUGAGACCAGGUUACCGGGACUUAAACUUUGCCAGGCUUGCUGCAAAGAUAGGUACGUCCAUUUCUCAGCUGUUUUUCUGUAGUUUUCUGGUUCCCCUGACCUGGAUCUCCAUUUUGUAGGAGAGAAAAUUUAAGAUUCAGAGAGACUGAGGUUUGUCCAAGGUCACUUAGCUAGUGAAUGUCAGAUACAAUGUUGGAAUACAGGCUUCCCUUUUUCUAAGGAUCUUGGACACGAACCUGAAAAAUUAUGGGAGUCUGGGACUUCCUAGAGUUCUUUACGAAAGAAUGGGGAAGAGGUUUCUUCCUUCCCUUUCCCUAUAGAGUUCAGCUCCCAAAGACUUCACCUCCAGUGAGCUCUCUUUCCAGCACCAGAUUAUGGAAAGGAAUUCAAGAUGCCCAAGAUCUAGGGGCAGCAUUGAAGAAAAAUAGAUGUUUUAGGUCCCUGAAGCAUCUAAGCUAUCAGGAUUUAGGGCUCUCCUUGCUUUGUGCCCAGAAUGUUUUCAAGCCAAUUUGGAAGUCUCAGUUUUCCAGGCUCACAGAAUUCAGAACUUGAAGGGUCCUUGGAGGUCAUGUAAUCCUAACCCUAUUUUACAGAAAAGGAAAGUGAGGCUGAAGGUGAUAAAAGGAUUUGUCUAAGCUUAGACAGCUAGCAAGCAUCAGGAGCUGAAUUCAAGAUCAGGUCUGUAGCAUUCAGAGUUGGGAGGGACCUUGAAGAUCACCUGAGCCAAAUUCUCAUUUUAGUGCCGAAGGAAUUGAGGCUGAACCUCAAAGUGAAACAGUUGGUGAAUGGCAGAGUCAAGAACGAAAUCCGGCUUCCUGAUUCACAGUCUGGGGCACAUUGUGUGAUUGUUUUUAAGCUCGGGCAUUAGCCCGUUCCGGGGGCUAGAGAUAGAAAUGGGUCUGGGAGAGAUUAGUCUUCAGCGGUGGGAGCUUUUGACCAAACUCUAGUUCUGACUACCCAGGUCUCCCCCAGGGGUAUCUAUGGUGUCCUUUUGUCUUCCUUCCUGUGACAUGAUCUACCUCAGCUGAUCUUUCUGUUCCCUGCCUGGCCCUUGGAUGUCUUUGUCCUUCCCUUCCAUAUUCUUCCUUCCUGGGAUCUUCCUUGGUCCCUCUUUGAUUUCUUAGGUGACUCUAAGUCAUAGAAUCACAGAAUGUUAUAUCUGGGAGAGGCCUUAGAGACUGUUCUCUUUACAAAUCAAGAAAAUGAGGCUCAGAGAGGAAGUGAUUUGCCCAAAAUCACACUGCUAUGGAAGGGCAGAGUCCAGAUCCCUGAAUUCACAGAAGAAGCCAGAAGGGAACUAGAUCAUUUAACCCAACCCCUCAUUUUAAAGGUAAAGAAACGGGGACUUAGAGAUAGAAGGGACUUGACUAAAGUUAUCAAGGGAAUAAUAGUAGCAGAGGCAAAAGAGGGACCUGUUCUUUCCACUACUGUUCUGUCAGACCACCAAAGGAGCCUUGUUGGUGGAAUGAAGAAAGGAGGUUUUGCUAUCUCACCUCCACCCCUUUCUUCUCUGUUGCUUCUUUGUGGUCCCUCAAUACUGGAAGAGACAUCAGUUCCUGCCCUUUGGGUUUUGGUUAGGGAACAGAAAAUGCUUUACAAAGUACACAAACAAAAUAUCUGGUUAUGCUACUGACUCAUCAUGUUCCCCUCUUUGAGUCUCAGUUUCCCCUGUAAAAGGAAGUCGAAUAAGAUCAUCCUGAAGGUCCCAUCCAAGGCUGUGAUUCUGUGAGAGGGUCAGAUUAAGCCCAAGCUUCCUCUAAUUCUCCUGCUUGCUACCAGGUCAUCAUUAACAGUGAGCAUGAAAAGUGCCUGGUCCCAUGUGAGUGAAUUCUAUGUUGUACUCCCUGACACUGCCGACCCUCUGGGGCCAACCGUUCUCACACUGUGCAGGUUACUCGGACUCGUCUCCACCCCGCUCCCCCAGGACAUGCAAUCUCCUUCUCUCUGUCUCUUUGUUCUUCCUUAUCUCACUCAAUUUCUUGGUCUCACUCACACACACACAUACACCACCACCAUGUGCACCAAUCAUGGUGUCCUAUUAGGUUUGGUCUACACUCUCUACAUCCAUCAUGCACCCAAUGCACUGACUGUACCAUGUGCCUUGUUACCAUGUCCUCCCCACUCCCUCCCACUGCAGCACAGAACCCAUCCCCAUCAAAUGGUCCCAGGUCGUUAUUGGUACCCUGUAUCAAUCGACUACCUCCUGGGAACAGACAACCCUCCUGAACUAGCCGAGUCCUUUGUUCUUACUCUCUAGCCCAAAAUAUCACACCUUCCAUUACCUUUCAUACCCACAUCCUGCUGCCAGAUACACUGAUAGGCUAGCUGGUCAGGCUGGCUUUCUAGAGGUCAGUGGAGGCCUUUCUCUAUUGUUCACUGCUUUGUGGCUGGUACUAGGUCAGCUAGAAGAGCCAGAUCCCCGCAGGAAGCUUGGGAUAGCCCCAGGCCAAGGAGAUCCUGUUGGAGUAGGCAGAUCUAUUCCUGGGCCAAGAGCAAGAGAUCUAUAACUUGGAGAUGAAAGGGCAAGGAAUCUGUUAAAGGAGGAAGAAGGAAGAGGUCUGCAAACUGGAGGAAAAAAAAAACAGAUGACCUGGGAAACUUCUCUCCUCUUCCCGUAUUGUGGACAUCCUUUGAGUGCUCUUGUCUUUCUGCCCAUCUGAAUUCAUCGUUCUCACAAUCUGAAGAAUAAGGACUCUCAGAGGUCAGCUCAAACCCUGCUUCUCUUCUUUAUCCUGAAGCCCCAGAGCUCUGAAAGCUAGGUCCCCUCCAAGCUCAUUGGGGAAGUGGGGGUCUCAUGGAGCAGGCUUCUGAAGUACAGAUGUACAGAAGAAGCUUGCUGCUGUCCCUCUUCCCAGGUUCUUCCCCUGAUAAGUGGGACUAGGAGGGGCUGGAAAACCCAGUCCCCGCUUCCCUACGGUGACAUCUCUAUCAGGUGCCUAAAGAAAUGGUCCAGUGACCAGGAAGGGAAGGUAGAGCUGCUUCCCGAAGACCUCGGGCUGGGGAGGACUUGGAAUCUGCUACUUGUCUUCUCCCAAGUGAGUGAGGCUGAGAUGCUGAAUGAGAGAGCAUUUCGCUUCCAGGAUGGCACAGAGACAGGGGCUUGAGCCAGAAUCCACCUGGAAUAAAACUCCUGGCUUUGGAGCCAGAAACCAUUCCCAACUGGACUUUAGCACCAAGCCAGCUCUAGAGCUUAGAGCUCUGCCUGUUCUGCGUUGCUCCAAUUACUAGUUUCUCAUCUUGAGGGCUGGAAGGCGAGAGCCAUGCAGAAAUCGUCAGAGCCUAGAGGCUUUCAGCUGGGAGCUAACGGGUCUGGGUGAAGGAGUUUGUUGUCUUCUGCUAAUUGAGGUUCUGUUUCUGUUUCUCCUCUCUGUUGGGCUGCUGGGUUUGAUGGGACUUGGCAGCCAUCCUUCUGGACUACCCCCUCCCCAUCCUUCCAAUAAUAGGCCUAACCUCAUCUCCAGUCCUGCAUUUGGGGGCCCCAGGAGAAACUCCUGACAGGCCCCCCCUGACAGUCACCAUUCCCCCAGCCUGGACCACCAGAGCCCCCUGGCUUUUCAGGGACAACCAUUGUUAAAGGGCUAGAGUCACAUUCAGUGCCCAAUGAGGCCAGAUCCCAGGAUGCUCUCCCUGUUGGGGACUGCCACCUAAAUCCAUACUGCUCUUGGGGUUCAAGGAAGGGAUUAAGUCAGAGUCUUCCCCCAAGAAUAUGUAGAGAGCAAGUCCAAGGACUCGGCCCCUUCUCUUGCCCUUUCUAUGCUUCCCCCCCACUUGGGGAUGAGAGACAGCACCAACCUGUGGCUAAAGUGCUUUAAGGCCCAAGAACAUGCUUGUGGGGAAGGGAGGAUCGGUUCCGAAAGGACCUCGAACUGCAGGCUGCAUUUGGGGCGCACUCUCUUCACCAGUGGGCCAGCCCUCUUGAGAGGGCCCUGAUGGGUGGGGAUGGGGGGUGCAGGUGGAGGAGUGAGUGGGAGGGAAAGGCUCGGAAGAUUCUAUGGUGGGAGGGGGGGUGAGUGUGUAUGGUGAAUCUGGUUCUGCAAAGGGGGUUACCCAAGGAAAGAAGAAAUGGGGAAUCAGAGGUAAAUGGAAGAAUCUAACCUCCCAAAUCCAGAAUGGAGCCUGAGAAUAGGACUGCCCGGAGCUGGGAUGGAGUGAGGAGCCGAGACUCAGCCCCCUCUCCAGGAAGGCCUUGAGGGCCAGCGGGGACCCUCCCGAGCUGGGGCCUUCCCUGAGAAGGCACAUUUCUAUGCAUAAUCACGGGGCUGCAGGCACCUGCAAUAAGUGGGGGCAGGGCAGGGCUCGGCCUCAGCUCCCCCUGCUCUGAAGGCCCAGAGCCAGUGUGGGAGAGGGCAGCCUCCCCGGCCCGUCAGCCACGAGCUGCCUCGGCUCCCAGAGCAGUCAGUGCUUUGAGGUUUCCUCAGACCCGUGAGCUUGUCCCGUCUCAGACUGAAUCGAAUUAAGUGUCGGCAUUUUCUAAGCUCUUGCCCUUUGCAGAGUUCACCAGUCUUGGGGUCAGGGGCCAUAUGAAAAUCUGAUUCCAGAUGCGCCCCCAUUUCAGACGGGAUUCCAAAUUCAGACACGGUUCAAGUUCCAACUCAUCCCUCUUCCUUCCUCCCCAUCCCCAGUCCCCGCCUGGCUGCUGACUGACAGGAUGCCCCACUCCGGACUCCUUCCCUCAGCUUAGGCCCCAGCAGCUUGGGCUCAGGGUUCUGUCAGCUCCCUCGCCCCCUCUUCUCCCCCCCGUUCCGUUGCACCCCUUCUUUCAGUCUCCCUCCAUGUACUUCAAUAUUGUUGGUGCCACUUCUCCUUCCUCUGCCUUCCCCGGGGCUCAGGCGGGGAAGCCGGGGACCCCCAGGCCGGGCUUUCUGUACUGAGACUUUUUUGUACGCCACAAACUUUUUGUAUAUUUUUAAUUUUGCUGCAACAUGAGAUAUUAAAGUCAUUUCAGUACAAA